AUGCCACACGACCACUUUAUUGUCCCAAACAAUGUUAGUCUAACCCAGGCGUUAUCAUUGUUGCACUCUAUCGUCAGUAUUCAAUUAGAUAACUGCAAAGAACAGAAAGCGAAGGGUAGCAAAGAGGAAACUGUUGAUAUAUUAUGUUCCAUUCUAUCAUAUCUUCGUGAGGGUUUGAUAUCGAUAAAGAAGAAGUUCAAUGUGGUGCAUUAUGGUGAUUUGAAGGACCCUAAUGUGGUUACAAAAUAUGCCGAUGUUAGAAUUUUAGGCCAAGAGAUCAAAGACAUGUGCGCAGAGUUAGAGAGCAAGUCACAAGAUAAGCGAGAUCCAGACUGGCGAUCGAAAUUGAAGAUGAAAUUCAUCAAGAGUAACGUCAAACAGGAUCAAGAAAGGGCGUUGAAAGAAAAGGAACAAGUUGAGAAAUUGAAACAAGAAAGAGAUAGAAUUCAACGAGAAGAGAAGGACAAAGAAGCAAGACUGCUGAAGAAGAAGGAACAAGAGAUAGAGAAGCAGGUAAGAAAAGACGUUCAGGAAGAGCUAAGGAAAACCAAACUGAAGUCCACCGAUACCGCUGAAAGAAAUGUGCAUGAAACAAUGAUGCCGCCUACAAGAAGAUCAAUGGAUCAAUUGACUAGGAAGGCUGAGACGUUCGGUAGAAGAAGCCUGGAUGGAUUUGGAAGACGAAAGUCAUAUCAGAAUGAGGUGAGAACUGUGAGUGCCUCCUCCCCAAAUGUCAAUCAGGCAGCCUUGUUGGCUUGGAGUGGACAAUCCAGCCAAAAAGUAGCACAAUCAAAACCAAAAGCUAAACAGACAUUUGUGUAUACGAAGCCUACUGUACGGAGACCUGUUAUUAAGAGUCCUGUAAGAACAUCUCCAAGAAUUCCCGUUGAGGUUGCAUUUGAGACACCGAUCAUUGAUAGAGAAAGAAUCAGGUCACCUGUCUCGAGGUCGGUCCCUCACAGUAGAUCCACGUCUGUUGAUAGAAAAGGUGGACAAGAUUUAUCACUGGAAAAGUCUGAAAAAGCCCUGACACCACUUGAAAAGAAAUUGGCACAUAUCAUGGAUAAUUUAGAAGGUGUUGACGAGAAUUCAUGCCUGCACAUCAUUAAUGAUAUAUUGAUCGCUGAUGAGAAAGUAUAUUGGGAUGACAUCUCAGGGCUUAACACAACGAAAAGCGCGUUGAAGGAAACUGUCGUGUAUCCUUUCUUGAGACCUGAUCUUUUCCAAGGUUUGAGGGAACCUGUAUCAGGAAUAUUGCUCUUCGGACCACCUGGUACUGGUAAGACUAUGAUUGCCAAGGCUGUGGCAACGGAAUCCAAAUCAACGUUCUUUAGUAUCAGUGCAUCCUCAGUACUUUCAAAAUUUUUGGGUGAAUCCGAGAAACUUGUACGUGCACUUUUCUACCUAUCCAAGAAACUAGCUCCUUCUAUCAUCUUCGUCGAUGAGAUAGACUCUUUGCUUACGACAAGAAGCGAUAACGAGAACGAGUCCUCAAGAAGAAUUAAAACAGAAUUUUUGAUUAGGUGGUCAUCGUUAACCAGCGCUACCGCAUCUGAAAAAUCCGAAGAACAGAUGGACAGCUCCAGAGUACUAGUCCUUGCAGCAACAAACACACCCUGGGACCUUGACGAAGCUGCCAGAAGAAGAUUCUCAAAGAGAAUAUACAUCCCAUUACCCGACUACGAAACAAGGCAUUACCAUUUGAAAAGACUCAUGGCAGUACAAAGAAACCAACUCACAGAAUCAGACUUCAACGAAAUCGCCAGACUUACAGAAGGGUAUUCGGGCUCUGAUCUAACGUCUUUGGCGAAGGAUGCAGCAAUGGAACCCAUAAGAGACCUCGGGGAAACACUAAUAAAUGCAAACCUCGAGUUAGUUCGAGGCGUUACUUUACAGGAUUUCGAAAGCGCAAUGACAAGAGUGAAAAGAAGUGUCUCGACACAAUCACUACUUAGGUUCGAGCAGUGGGCGCUCACAUACGGAAGCACUUAA